AUGCAGAAAUAUACGAAGAAUAUGAUUGCCAGCGCUCUGGAAGGUAACGGGUGGCAGAAGCUGGCUAACCCCAGUGUCGCUCGGGGAAAGACAGCUUUCCCUAAGAAAGCGGCUGACGUGCAACGUCUCGGCGUCCGCUUCGACUACGACGGCGAAGUGACUAGGGAUGAUGUCGAUUAUCAUAAGUUUCAGAUGCAGCCGAAUGCUGGGGACGGUAUCCCCUCCAUCAUUAAAAGGUGGAGGGAGGCCAAUGGCGGCACCCACGCGGUGAUGGCAGUCGUGUACGUCAAGAAGGACGCUACAAAGGAGGAGGUCAAAGAGGCUCUGGAGCAGGCUGUGAAGCAGGUUGAGGGAGUUUGA